CUGCUGGUGGCGAACCAACUGAAGUCCCCUCCCCCCACUCCACCGAUCCGCCGCCGCCCGCCUAAACCCUCCGCCGCCACGACCCGACCAACCCUCGCCGCCGCUCGGCAGCCAUGGGGAGCCGGCUGGGCCGCCGCGUGAUCCACUUCGCCAACCUCCCUCUCAAGCUCAUGCUGCCACCGGCCCCGCUCUCGUCCGUGCAGGAGUUCGCCGUUCGGACCGUCCCCUCCGCCUCCAAGGUGGACAUCCGCCGCUGCCUCGAGUCCAUGUACGGCUUCUCCGUCGCCGAGGUCCGCACCCUCAACAUGGAGGGCAAGAAGCUCCGCCGGGGCCCCUACCUCGCCGCCAAGCCCGACUACAAGAAGGCCUACGUCACGCUGCGGGCCCCGCUCACGGUCUCCCCCGAUCUCUUCCCCAUUGGGGUCAUCCUCGGGGAGCGGGAGCGGAAGGCCAGUGCCGCCGCCGCCAGGAGGAAGGCGGUGGAGGGCGCCGAGGCGGAGGGGCAGAGGGAGGGGAAGGGGAAGCACUGGAUGGAGGACGACAGGGAGGGUUUCUCCAGAGCUGGGUGUGGCAAGGUCGUGUACGGGAACCCAGGGAGGCUGGACCAGAGGAGGAGAGGACGCGCCAAGGCUAAGGAAGGAGCUGGGGAGGAGGGGUCCAAAUUCCCGUGGAGCGGAAUGCAGCUGGCUACCGAGAAACCUAGGAGGGUGAGACACUCUCCCCCGAAGAAGAAGGUGGGUAUAGCCUUGAAACAGAAGUCAAGGAAGGUCUCUCUGCAGCGCCGCUCGAAGAAGAAGCUGGAAGCUUGAUAGUACUUGACUUGGUCCUGCUGCACUGCGACCAUGAGAGGAUCCUGCCAUGAAAUGGGAUGCAGACAAGGGAUCGACGACUAUGCUGGCAGACCUGCCUUGUUUCAAGUUACUGAAUAAACAACCAAUGUUGAAGUAUCUGUAAGAAUUUUUGUGCCUUUGAUACGAAAUGCAGUUGUGAAUUUAGAUGGCUGACUGCGCCUGAGGCAUGUUUUGCUGCAAGGCCAGACCAGGAAGUGCUCGGCACUCGUUGGCGUUCCUGUCCAGCCGAGCUGUUGCCGUCCAAGUUCCUUUUGAGAUUUGUCUAUCGUCUGCUGACUGAUUAGUACUGCUGAUUAGAGAGAUUGUGCGCCUGUUUUCUUAGGGUGUGUUUGGUUGGUCGUAUCAUUUGAUUCAUGUAUGAAAUGAUUCAAAAUAAUAAUGAUCUUUUUAUUUGGUUAGGUGAAUUGUACCAACUUAUCCAGGAUGAGGUUAUCCCACGUA